AUGGGCCCUUAUACCACUCUACCAAACUCCGUGGCCGCUGGCAGUGGCAGUGGCAGUGCUUCCGCAAGCACUCAGGCAAGCAUGGAGGCUCCGGCCUCAACAGCGUCUCACGCUGAACGUCCAUCCUCUGCAACAGCAACCACUGCGCCUUUGAUGCAAACGCCAGAUGCUCGUCGUCAUGGCCUUGGCCUUAUCAACGCUGAGCCUCACUCCUCGCCUGCAUCUCAUUCUUCUGCCUCUCUAUAUCAACAGUACCAAUCUGCUCGUCAAGCUCCCGCCUCACAACAAAGUCAGCAGUACUCCCAGCAUUCCUACCUUCAGUACCAACAGUGGCAACAGCAACAGACUCAACAUCACCAUCAUCAUACCGCCUCUAUCAGCAGCUCCAACAACCCCCGUCACGAAUCCAACGAUAGUGGUCUCACUCCCAGCUUCUCGAGCACCACCGUGGUGCACAACAGCCCAAAUUUCCUCGCCGAUGCUCCCGAAUCUGCAUCGCAGUCAGCUCACACGUCGAUAACAGUUUCUCCAAAUGCUUCCAGCCAAGUCCUCAUCGCCAGUAUCGUGCAGAGAUUGGUCAAUAAGCUGCCAUGCAACUCGGGCUGGCGCCUCCAAGUGGUGGAAGAGGAAGACCUGGUUCGCUCGUGUGUCAUCAACCUCAUCAACCUCAGCCGUUUUCAACUCGGCGUGGUCGUCAAAGAGCUGCUAGGCGCCAUUGAGGUGUUGGUCAAGCAGUCGUCUCAGCAGCGCCUGGAACAGCAAGCAGGCAUCGGCAUGCUCCACUCUCAGCUCUACGUUCUCAAGGUAUUGCUCUCGUGUCUUAACCAUCAUUGGCGCCUCGCCGCUGGCCUUACCAGCAGUUCCCGUCCAGGGCUCGAUCCGUCUCCCGUCAACACAAACACCAAUGGCACAAAUGACGACGUAUCCGCUCAGACCGCCGAAAACACCGCUUUCGGUUGGCCCGACCCGCCAGCCAUGGAUGAUACACAAGCCAAGCAUGUGCUUAGCGUCAUGACCUUGCUCAUCAAGCAGAAUGUGGCUAGAGAUGACGCCAACUUUGCUUCGACCCACGAAGGCAUCGAGUCUCGUAUCUUCUCCAAGAACGAAUCUGCCGCAGCACACAGCAUGUCUGGCCGCAAUGCACCUUCAGAACGAUCACUUCGCGACCUCAGCCUUCGCGACGCCUCAUCUAGCUUCUCCGCUACCAAGAGUUUCACCGCUCACACGAGCUCAAGGUUGACGCGUGAGCGCGACGACCCUGAUGCUCGCGAAGACGCCUCAUCCACAGGUCUCGGCGACAAGUUCCCCGAAGCCUUCAUGCCAAGCUCUCUCUGCCUAGCUAUAUCCACCAGUCUGCACAUCCUGUAUCCCUGCUUCCCUCCCACACGUUCGCCGUUCGACAUGCCGCCAAGCAUUGAUCACGCAGACUUGGCCAGUGCUUCUGCCGCUGCCGCAGCUGCCCAAAUGGCUACUUCCGCUUCUGCAGCUAAGACCAACAAGCUCAACAAAACGGAUGUCAACCCUUUGGCCAAGUUCAAUUCGUCUUCCUGGACCAUGACCGCCUUCAGCCAAGACGUCGAGGGCUCCGACGUUUCCAACCACCUCCAGACUCGCAUCUACCGCCUUGCUAGCCAGGUCGUCUUCUUCCUCAGCUCGAGCAACUGGGUGGUCGUGAGCGCGCGCCUUCGUAACCGACUCUACUACCUAAGCUCGACUAUCGAGGAGGCACCUAGUACUGCAGAGCUCCGGCUACUCGAAUGCUCCAAUUUCCAACGUACGCGCCUCGCAAGCAUGCUGCAAGAGAUCGGAACCUCGUUUCCUCAGCUCAAGCGUAGCGCUCAGUACACGAUUGCUUUGACGCUUCGUCGUGGCAUUUGGUCGUGGAUCCAAUACCAUCCCCAUGAAUUUGCCAAUUUGGCCACCACCAAUCGUCGCUUCGAAGGAAGCCCGGACGUUGUGUUCGACCAGGUGUAUGCGCUCGCCGAUACCACUAAGCGUAAGAUCGCCUUCUGGCCCUUGCUCACGUCUCUGCUCAUUCUUUGCCCAGACCUGGUAGGCAGGGCCGCCGUCGGCGAGAACCGCAAAGCCAGUGGCAGCCUUGCGAAGAAGCUGUCCUUCAUCGAUGGUCUGCGCAAGCUUCCGCGCAACACUGCCCUCAUCGACGUCGCUACACUUUGCUGCGUCGACCUCUUCAAAGCUGCCGCGUCAGUGCCUCGGACAGAGAACGGCCUACGCCUUAUCGUGCAUGAUCUUGAGGCCGAGCUCAAGGAACGACUCUUCGAUCCCAAACGGCCUCUCGCCAGCGGCAAUCGACCGAUCGAACUGACGUUCAUGAUUGACCUGAUUGCUGCCCUCUUCCGUCUCGACCCGCAACGAACCAUCCGCGAGCUUGUGCCUGUCUGUAUGGCCGAAUCCAGCCCUAUUCACUUCAAGAUUGCACUAGUCAAGGCGUGUGUGCUGCUUGCUAGCGAGCGCCACCGCCUUCCUUGGGCUCCCGACGUGAGCCUCUUGUUUCCACACAUUUCACGUCUGCUUCGCGCUAUUUUUCGCGAGACUGCCUAUCGUUUACCGCGCUUCGACGACAGAGAGUUGGCUCGCAAACGCGCAGCAUCACGUUCGGCUUCGUCGAGCAAUUUCCGCGUCGCCUCUCUUUCGGUCUCAUCUGCAGCCGCGGCUACGAGCGUCGAAGAGCUCGGUCGAUUGGAUCUGCUUCAAUCUAUCGCACAGCUUUGGACGCUUGAUGUUGCUGCCUUGUCGCACGGGCUGGACCUCAAGCAUCCCAGUGCGCUCUCAUCACUCUCGGGCGGCGCCAUCUCCGUUGAUCGCGAAAUUGUAUUCCGCAAUGCUGUGCCCAUCGACAGCAUGCUGGGCUUUGCAGUGUCAAUCUGUGCAAUCUUCUGCACGCCUCCCGAGUUUGCCACUUAUCGCAAGAGCUCUGCUGCUCUCCUUGCUCGUGUCUAUCACUCGGGUUUGUUGGACCCCAAAUUUGCCGACUUCAGCGACCAACAGCGUUGUGUCGCCCUUUCGUGCAUGCCCUUGUUCUUCACGCUGAUCUCCGAGCAGCUCAUGUCAUCCGAAUCUUCCGAGAUGCAACGCCACUUUCUGGAUCUCCUACGUCGCUCGCAACAACGGCGCGGCUUUUUCAUCAAUCAAGAUAAGGAUUGGCAGAGCACGAUCCAAGCUUCACUCUAUCCACCGGAGAACGAGCGGAAACUCGAGUACCUAUGGGUGCAGCUUGUGACGCUCCUCAUGAUGUGCUCCAGCGAUACCGAAGUUUGCUCCCUGUCCAUGCAGUGUGCACGCGAGCAUGCUCUUCUCAGCACCGCAAUCAGUGACUACUGCGACCCGCUGUCCGAGGAAUGGAUUCGACUGUAUACGGAAUUGGCCGAUCCCAGCUUUCGGCACACAGGCCGUAUUGCACAGCAGAAGCGGAUUCGUGCGCUGCUCCGUGACAUUGAAUCUCCUUCGGCAGCCAGCUGGCUUGCGUGGAAGGAGGCAUACUCGCGUUGGGCCGGCUUGACCCAACUCGUGGCUCGACCCAUCGCGGAAGACAGCUCGACGGCACAGGACAAGGCAGCACAGUGGCACAAUUACGCAGGCUUCCUGUGUGCAUUUGGAGGCGCUUGCUUUUCGGCAUCUGACACUGUCAGUUCGCAGAUCGAACCUACUGUGGUCAAAAUCUUACCGCGAUUCUCGAGCCUCGACGAGCACCCUGCGGCAUUGAUAGAGCAGUUCAUCCAAGAAAUGGUGGAUUUGCUCGUCUCGGACUCGCUGUGGGUCCGAGAGAAGGCCAAGGAGACGCUAGGUGUUGAUCUGGGUCCACGCCUCAUCGGCAUCCUGUUCCGUCAGAUUCACGCCGUGCUGAGCGACUUUUUCGACAAGGAGACUGGCUAUCCCAAGACGAGCGAGAUGUACACCGUCUUUGUUGAGCAGAGCAUUGGCGUUGCUACUAUGAUACUCAACCGCCUCGAUGAGGCCAAGGCUCCUGCCUCGACGACCAAGGUCGACAUUGGCUCGCUUAUGGUGCUUUUUGUCGAGUACGCCAACUCUCUGGUCCGCGACGAGCAGGCGUUGCGCAUCAAGACGGCCAUGUGCCAGAUGUGCGAACUUCUGAUGCGCAAGAAAGAGGCUUUCUGCUUCUCCAAUGAGUUGCGCGUCCGUAACCGUCUCUUCCAGGCGCUGACCACCUGGACUUCGGACAGUUCCGAAGAUGGCGUACACUCCAGCUCUCUUGACUCCCUGGACCGACUACAUCGCGAGCUCGACGUCGCAUGCCUCAAAUGUAUCUCUAUACUGCUUGACAAGCUUCCGCUCUUGCUUGCCGACGAUGCCCUCCUCCUCGACGACAAGGUAGAGGGUGCCAAAACGCGUCACUUUGCCAUGUACUUUGGCUACUUUAUCAAGAUUCUCAACCGCACCCGCCACUUUGAGACAGCGUGGGCGACGCGUAGCCGGGCUCUCACCGAUGCAAAGUCUCUUUCCGGCGCCAAAGGCACUAAGGUCGGCUCUAGUCGUGACUUGGUCCCUCUCCGAGAAUCAGCCAUCUUAGCGCUUUCGAAUCUGCUGGCAUCCAACAUUGAUAGCGGACUACACAGCUCGCUGCCUCUGGCCUACCACGAGGAUCCGCGCAUCCGCACCGCGUUCAUGCAGAUCAUGACCAACGUGCUCAACCAGGGCACUGCCUUCGACGAGCUCGAACGAAUGAGCGGCGCCCGCAAGUCGACCCGCCUGUUGGAUCUGGUUUGCCAGAACAACUUGCAACUGGCACUCGCUAUAUGUCAGGUGUGCCCAGGUCGCGAAGUCGAGCCGAUGAGUGUGUUACUGCUCAGCGUGUUCGAUGCCAAAGGCGGGCUCAUCCGCUUCCUCAAAGCAGCUGUCGAAGAAGAGAUUCAGCGGACGGCGACCGAAGAGAUGGUCUUCCGCAGCAACUCUUUCUGCACCACGCUUCUGUCCACGUUUGCACGUACGCACGGCUACGAUUACCUUCGCUCCAUCAUGGCACCGCUCAUCACCGACUUUGCCCGCAAGCCGGCAGGCUUUUCGGUGGAGAUGGAUCCUUCGCGCGUAGAACCUGGCGGAAGUGCGCUCAAGAAUCAAACCGCCCUGGAAGAAAUUGCACAGGCCUUCAUCGACGCCAUCUGCUCUUCGGCGCAUCGCGUACCGGCGGUAUUACGCGAACUCUGCCGUCACAUUCGCAAUGUGCUCGAUGCGCGCUUUCCCGCGUCGCGCUACCAGGGAGUCGGCGGUCUCAUGUUUUUGCGCUUCAUCAGCCCCGCUGUCGUGUCGCCGCACAUGAUCGACAUCAACCUCACUGGUCCGAGCCGCGACCUCCGUCGGGGACUUGUGUUGAUCAGCAAGAUCCUCAUCACGCUCGCUAGCAACAACCUCUUCUCGAGCCACAAAGAGCCAUUCAUGACGGGUCUCAACGACUUCCUCAAGAGCAAUGUCUGGAAGGUGACCGCCUUCCUGGACCAAGUCUCGGAUGCCCGCACCGACCCGGACCGCAUCUACGCUGCCGACCAGCCGCUCGGUUUUGGCAUCCAUCCUAACGUGUAUGGUAUCGAUGAGCGUGAUCAGCGGAUGUUGCAUAAGUUCCUCUUUGAGCACGUCGAUAAGCUCGGGAAGAAUCUGGAAGACCGCGCUUCCGAGUCGGCAUCGACUGGUGAUAACGUGUCUGAUUACGACGGCCAGUCGCAGCAGCGACGCAGCGACGAGGCUAAGCCCGUCUAUAAUGACCUCUGCGAUGCCUUGGCCGCUGCAGGAGAGCCCAAUGCUGAUGAUCUACCUGAACCAUCAUUUAGCGCCAGCAACUUCCAAGACUUUAUUCGUCGACACGCGGGCCGCAACAUUGACGAAGAGAGCUACCGCUACAUUUUCUACGAGGGACCGGCAUCUCGUGGUGGUCGACCAGUGCUUUACUACACAAUGCAUAAUCAAAAGGCGGACACGAUCGACUUUGAGGGCCUCAUCCUUUACGUUCUACAAACCCUCGAGACGUUCGCUUAUCGCCAGUUUGACGUUGCCAUCGACACAACUGCCUGCCAGCCUUCGAAUGUGACACCUAGUCAGUGGCUACUCUACUUCAGCUCGCUUGUCCCUGCAUCGAUUCUUGCCAACGUCGUCAACGUCUUCUUUGUCAACCCGAAUACCACUGCACGGGUGGAGCUGCAAUUUUGGAGUACAUCGACGUACAGCGACUCGUCGCUGAAACAUGAGAUCGCGGAUCGCCUGACCUCGCUGCAGAAUGUCGUGCACUGCUCAACGCUCUCUAGCAUCGAGACGUGGAUCGAGCCGCGUAAUCUCGCAUUGGACAAGGUGACCAUGUCGAUUCUCAGCUCGCCCGUCGAGGUGCGAUUUGAUCAGAUUACUAUGGUGUGGUACUAUCGCACCUUGACGCCAGUCGCCUUUGUCAUUGGCAGCGAGUACCUGCAGAUCCAGAGCCUCAAGCAGCAAGACUGGUUGCCAAACGUCAACGUCCAACUCAACGACAUCUUCCACCUUUCGGAUAUCGACGAUGUACGUUCUAUCUCGAUCCGCGGGGACGACAACACGUUCUUCUUGUCCUGCCGAAACGGCUCGAUGACUUUUGUGUUCAAUAGUCGCGAGCGCUCCGAGGUGGUCCAGGCGCUUCGACAGGCCAAAGCACGCGUGUCGAAAUUCCGAGCCAGCAAUGCCGUCGACCGUGUUCUGCGGCCCAAUGAUGUGCCAGGCACGUUGCUCAACAUGGCAAUGCUCAACAUCACGAGCAACGACUCGGCUCUGAGGCUCGGCGCCUACAAUCUGCUAUGUGCGCUCUCGACCUCAUUCAACUUUGGUGCGAGCAGUGCCAAGAAGCGACUGCUGAGCUCCCGCGGCCUGGCGCUCCCAGCGAACACCAUGGCGUUUGUCACUGACCUGAGCAAGGACUUUGCGGUAGCGGCGCCGGGCGUCACGCUCGAGUUCCUUCUCUCUUUUUUCGACGGUUUCGAGCGUGCGGCACCCAGCCAAAAGACGGUGUGUUUACACUACCUGUCUCCCUGGCUGUCUAACCUGGUCAUGUUUGUGCAUACCUCGCGCGAGCAGCAAGGCGAAUAUCAUCGACGAAUCAAGGAAAUCCUCAACCAGCUUAUCAGCAUCACCACCAAGCAGCCCGACAUGUACGCCAUCAUGCAGCGCUGCGUGUGGUCACAGCUCAGCCGUCUGGAUGACCUCAUUCCGACAUUUUUGGACGUGUUCACGGAAGCGGCGAUGGACUCGGGCCUGCAUACGGAGCGGUUCGAGGCAGUGCUGGACACCAUGGUCUCGUUUGCGUCGAUCAAUCUGCGUGGUAAGCUGCUAUCUAGGCUUCGAAAGGUCGUAGCCAAGACCGCGCAGAAUCCGGUUGUUUCGCACCUUCAUCUCAACGCUUCGUGGAAGGAAAUCGCAACGCUGGUUCGGAUGAACAUGGUUCUUUCGUUCACCAACCGUGUCGAGACGCUGCUGUACUUGCCCGAGCUACUGCACGUCAUCUUGCUGCUUGCUGGCAAUGGCGUGGACGCGACACGGCGCUCGAUCUACGGCAGCGCCAUCAACCUGGUGCAUUCGCUCUGCACUGAGGAUCCACGCGAAGCCAGGAAGCCAGAGGAGGCAAUGCCGCGCAGCGCCGAGGCGGUGACCAAGCUUCGUGUGUUGCUGGAACGGCUCGCCGAACCCGAAUCGCUCAAGUUGUUUGGCUUGCCUCUGGCGUCGCAACGAAGCGGUGCUAAUGCAGCGUUUGCAGCGUCGCAGGACGUUGUGCGCGAUACACCAGACAAUGCAUCUAUCGAGCGCCUUGCUACGAUGAUGUAUGAGGUUGCCGAUGUAGCUGCUCCAAAUACGGAUGCAGCCAACAGCUGGCGAGCGCGCUUAGCUAGCUUGGUGACAAGCACGGCAUUCCAGUACAAUCCGAUCAUUCAGUCGCGCGCCUUUGUGCUUCUAGGCUGCUUGGCGCAAGGCGAGAUCGAUGACGACCUGCUGUAUCAGAUCUUGGUUUCCUUGCGCGGUUCAAUUGCCGAGUGGGCAAGCAGCAACUCGGACAUGCCCAUGAUCAGCAUUGUGACGUGUCUGAGCAAGGUGGUCAAGAUGCUGCCUACACGGUCGCGCUAUCUGCCACAGAUGUUCUGGCUCGGCAUCGCCAUGGUGCAAUGCGGUCACGUUCCGCUGUUCAAAGCUGGCGCUGAGCUGAUGCACGCCACGGUCGACACUAUCUGGGAGCGUAACAUCCCGGCAAGCCAUGGCAGCGAGCUCAUUGCGUACCUGCUGGACGCUCGUUUUGAGUUCCGUGAUCUGGCGUGCAAGUUGGAUGACGAGACUGGCGUUGACUUUGACAUCAACUUUUCGUUUGGUAUGGCAGCUCUGCUGGUCAAGGGACUGCGUCAUCCUUCCACCAAGGAGGUGACAACCAAGCUCAUGCAAGCGAUGCUUCACCAUUGCGGUGAGGAUGGGCACGGCGAACGGCGAUCCAAGGGCGGACGCAUCUCGGAGCAGCAAUUGGGCUUCUUUGUUGGUCUUCUGCCCACUGCGACUCGAGCGGAAGAGUUCGGACAGCUGCUGGCGUUGGCGGGUGUGGAGGCAAGCAUUUGCGAAACUGCGGUCGAGACACGCCGAGCCGGGUACAAGGGUCUGCAAGAGUAUUUGGACGUUCUCAACAACCGCAUCGCUCUGCUCUUGGUGACGCUCGUCACGUCGUUGUUGCAACACGCCGAGUCAGACGCGGAAAAGCUGUUGCUCUAUGGCUUUCUUAACGAAGCGGCGCGCGAGGUACCGGCCAUCGUCAGCAUUCUGUACGACAGCCUGGCGCCGAGCAUGAAGGACGUCUUCGUCAACUGUUCCAACGGCGCCAUCCUGGACGCAGUGCACGGUAUCGCACAGACCGCCGUCAGCCAACCGUUCUUUGCAGCCCAAGCACGAGAAACAGCGAUUCGAGGCGGUCCCAACGCUUACCUGGCCGAAUCGGGCUAUGGCAGCCUGCUUGGCUGUGGCGCCUUUGUGCCUCUCAUGGAGGGUCGUCGGCACGUCCUAUGCAAACUCAGCAUCCAGCUGGUGCUCGGUCUUACUGACGUUGGCACAACCUAG